GCCAACAGGGUCCGCAGCCAUUGAACAGAAGGGUUUAGCCAUUUAGGGUUUUGCAGAAGCUACGAGCUUGUAUUAGAAUAACUCUGUUUUCCUGCUAAAAAUCUGGGAAGAAAAGAAGAGGAAAUAAGAGGAAUAAAUCAAUGAGAUCACUGAAAUUUCAUGAGCAGAAGCUCUUGAAAAAAACUGAUUUCAAUGUCUUCAAGAGAGAACACGGACAUAGAGAAAAUCUAGUUGUUCGUAGGUAUAAUCUCACUGCUCGAGACGAUUACAAGAAGUAUAAUGGAAUGUGCCGGAUGGUGCAAAAGCUCGUUAACAUUUUGAAACAGAUGGAUCCAAGAGACCCUUAUCGGAUUGAAAUGUCUGAUAGACUCCUUGAGAAGCUGUAUAACAUGGGUGUCAUCCCUACCAGGAAGAGCUUGGCUCUUUGUGACAAAUUGUCCGUAUCUUCCUUUUGCAGGCGAAGAUUAGCAACUGUUUUGACUCAUUUGAAAUUUGCUGAACAUUUGAGAGAAGCUGUGACAUUCAUUGAGCAAGGGCACAUCCGGGUUGGACCAGAGACAGUUACGGAUCCUGCCUUCCUUGUGACGAGAAACAUGGAAGACUUGGUCACGUGGGUGGAUACAUCCAAGAUAAAGACUAAAGUCUUGGAUUACAAUGAGCAAAGGGAUGAUUAUGAUGCAAUGAAUUGAGUAUACACCGAAUAGUUUGUUUAUUUUGAUAGUAGAACUCAUUUAGCUUAAGGUUUUGGCGUCGGUUUCUAGAGUGUUGAUACACAAUCGAAAGAUAUUUUGUAUUUUGUUUCUUCGUUUCUAGUUAGUAUUUAACUUUAAAGUUCCACAGUGGCAUAUUUAUAUACUAGUUUUCCGGUAAUUGAGAUGUUUGUGUGAUUUAGUUGAACUGUGAAGCUUGUUGUAUACAGUUAUUGUCAGCUCUUGGCUCUCCUUUUACUGAAUACUCAUUUCUGUUA